GGCACACUGACCAAGAGAGUCUUCGACGCACACCCGGACACAUUUGCAUUCACAGUAUCCCACGCGACGGCGAAAUCCACGGCAAGAGCUACUCUCUCUUAGACCAGCCGAUGUUCGGGGACAUCAUCUCCUAAGGCGCCUUUGUAGAACAUGCGUACCUUCGAUGGGAACCAGUAUGGCACGAGUAAAUGGCAAAUACAAUCUCAGAUCAAAUGGAGAAAUGCCGGGUGAUUGUGCUAGAUAUCGAGAUGAACGGUGUGAAACAGAUGAAGGCAAGUUCUAGUAUCGAUGCUCGGUAUCUUUUUAUUAAGCCACCGAACUUUGAGGCGCUCGAGGCACGGCUUCGGGGGCGAGUAGGGAGUUGGAAGGGUUUGUGUUGCGGGUAGGUGCGCUUAGUUUGUGUUCUGUUGGUUCGUUAAUAUGUUGUAUGGGAUAGAGAGAGGUAGACAGACAUGAU